UCCAGGCUCCAGGACUCCCUCGCCGGCGCCCCCGAUGGGAGACGACGACGUGCUCUGGGAAAUCUUCGCCCGCCUCCCUCCGCAGCCUUCCUUCCUCCUCCGCGCAUCCCUCGUCUGCCAGCGCUGGCGCCGCCUCGCCACCGACCACGACUUCCUCCGCCGCCGAUGGCCCCCCAUCAUCGGCGUCUUCAUCCCCAACCACUACACCAAGCCCCCCUCCUUCAAGUGCAUCCUUGACCCGCCGGACUCCAUCCCGCCCGAGCGCUUCGCCCUGCGGUACGAGAGCGAAGCCGGCUACGAAGACGACGACAUCUGGUACUUCCUUGGCUGCCGCCACGGCUGCCUGCUCCUCCUCCUCUGCAGCAGGGCCGACCCCAGCUACCGCCUGGUCCUUGUCUGGGACCCCGUGAUAGAAGAACAGCGUUUCCUAUAUCUGCCGCCGCACUUCGACAACCAUGUGUCUCCGUCCGUGCAAGGAGCGGUGCUCUGUGCUUCAGCCGACGAGCGCCACGUGCACGGAGACUGCCACUCGAGCCCCUUCAAGGUUGUCCUCGCGUGCGCCGACAUCCAUAACGCGCGAGCCUUGGCCUGUGUCUACUCGUCGGAGACGGACUCAUGGGGCGAUCUCAUCACCAGUUCCGUUCGAGACCCCGUUCACCAUCGGCUCUCGGACCAUCCAGGUCGGGAAUUCCGUCUACUGGUUCCUUUUCGGCACCCAGAUUGGCAUCGUUGAGUUUGAUGUGGAUACAGAGAGACUUUCUGUGAUCGCAUGACUAUGCCAACCAUGGCGGCCUUUACCUUAGCACUCUGGCGGAGGGCGGUGCCGGUGGCCUUGGCUUCAUCGACUUUUCAAACCUCACCUUCACAGCUCAAUUAUGGGUCAGGAAGACUGAUGCUGUUGGUGCUGCCGAGUGGAUUCUGGGAAAACAAUUGAUCUGGACAAGCUUCUUUCACCGAUACAGGGCUCUCUACACAUCCCUGAGUGGAAAUGGGGUUUAAUGGCAAUGAUAAUGUGAUGUUUGUAUCAGCUGGUAGCAGUGUCUUCAUGGUUCAUCUCAGCUCUAUGCAGUUUAAGAAAAUCUAUGAAAGCAACUCUUCCACUGACCGUAUGGUUAGCUGUAUCUAUCCAUUCACAAGUUCCUAUCCUGCAGUUGCAAACAAAGAAACAGUACCAGCAGCACAGUAGCAAGGAUCAAAAGGACUAAGGAGGCACAGCAGUUUCUUUCUUGAUGAACCAGGCACAACAGUAUCCUGGCCAGAGAGGCGAGCGCAUGAAGCAGUAUCAGAGCUAGCUUCUGCAUGUGAAAACAGAGUUGGGUUCCAGUCUGCCUGGGAGUUGGUAAUCAAUAGAUGUAGAAGUCAGUCAGCAGAGUCCAGCCGGUUAGAUGUCUUUAAAUUUAGAGUAUCUAUCUGGACACUCAGUUAAGUAGUUUGUAUCAGGAAAGGUCCAGGUUAGUAUAGUCUAUUGGAGUGGCAUGCAAAAUUUGAGAUUAAGCAAUGCAUGAAUAUGGCAUAGUUCUCAAGACUGAAUUCCAGCUCUGGUUUCUA